GGCAAGCCAUGAUUAGGGAUGCAAUGAAGGCAAAAGACGAAGAGAAACGUAAGCGAGACUCACAACUAGCCAAACUGUUCGAAGAGUUCCUCCCACGGUGUAUACAUCCUAAUCAAGUGAAAGAAAUGGUUAUUAAUGGAUCUUAUAUUCUAGAGGUCAACUUCAUGGACCUAUUGAAGGAGAGGAAGUUAAUGGACUUGGUCAUCGAAAUUGCACAGAACCCGAAUCAUCUGUGGCUAAACGCCACAGCUGGUUCUUUUCUGCACCAUAAUGGGAUGAGCCAUGAAGACAUCAACAUGUUGAAGUUAAAAUCUUCAGUUUCUUUUGUUGAUGUGCCCGAAAGAUUCCUUGCUAUGAAGAAUCUGUUGGAAAGUGGGGAACUAUGGAAAAAGAACCGUGCUGGACAUUCUCCUCUUACUAAACUGGGUCGAAGACCAUUUAUUGCUCUAAUUGAUGCAGUUCUUCAAAAGCACGCGCAAGGCUUGAGUUAUAAUGGUGAAUUUGAUCUGGAAGACUUGAUUAUGAUUGGCCUGAACUGUUGCUUAAUUUAUGCGGAACCUCAAACGGGUGCUCCUGCUAGUAGCUACGUAGCCGAUUUUAAUCGGAUCUGGCAGAUACAGGAACCCUUCUACAGGAUUUGUGAGGACAGGAUGGGUGAGGAAGUGAGGGGAUUCAUUUAUCCUUUGAACAUGAAUGAACUAAAAGAUAUUCUAUUGUGUGUUCGUACCUGGGAAGUGGAAACUCUUGAGUACCGCCUGAAAGCCCGGUAUCACCCUACUCUUGCACCAUCAAAGGCAAGACAAGUUUUUGUCGUUGAGUUCCGCAGGGAAGUGAAAGGUGAUAGACAGUUGCAGGAGCAUGGUUUUCUGAGUUGUAUACCAUGGGGUAGCUGGAAGACUUGGAGAUCUGAUCAGACUUACCGUACUGAUGAUUGGAGGCAAGAUUUUCAUGAAUCACUAUGUGCUGUUCUGUCUGGGGUUUUCAAUUUUGACCCGAAGGUUCAUGCUGCUGCCCCCAAGGCCCAGGUCAGUAGGAAAGCUCCCAGUGCCCAGGUCCCUACUGCUGUUCAGAGCGUCAAGGGUCAGGCUGCUCCUAGUGCUGUUCAGAGCAACAAGGGUCAUGUUGCUGUUCAGAGCGACAACAGGCAGACCUCCUAUGGUUUAAAAAGAUUCAAACCAACAGUGUGGGGUAUGGUAAAUUACAACAGGUGUCUUGUUGAGCAUGGAAAGGAGCAUGAUGAUGAGGGGCACCAGGGCAGGUCUAUUGUGGAAAAUCACAGCUCUGUAGAGGUGCAUGCUUUUGUUCAUCUGAAGGGGUUAUUUUUCUUCUUGUUCUCUCAGAUUUUGGAUCAUCGCUUGUAUUUGUUGCCUAGGUUUGCUCCUAUCUGGUUGACAUACGUAGCACUUUUCGACAAGGACGAUCUUGAUGACUUCGAGUAGGAUAUAUCGGAAGGGCUGACCAUGUCUUUUGGCUGAAGUGUUGUAGAAGGAUGCUGACUGAUAGAAGAUCUAUCCACCGGUUGAACUCUGAUAGCGGUGUCUAGUUUAGCUAGGUAGUUUACCACCUAUGUGACAUUGGCUGUCACAGGUGUAUUCUAGGAUGUCUGAUCUGAUUUUUGUCUAGACUAGAAAGUAGACCAUUUGUGGAGAUCUAGUUGAUCCUGGUACUUUGGAUCUCUUGGUACUUUGGAUCUCUGUAUUGGCUGAUACUCAGUUUCUAUGUAGUACUUGA